AUGACAUCCGAGGGGUCCGAGAUUAUCAUACCGCACUGCUACAACCACGAAGUAGCUAUGCCUGGUCUCGCAAGAAAACUGGUGGUUGUUGCUGCGGUCGAAGGCUUGAUACUACACCCACCGGGUUCACGUAACCAGCGAAGCCUGGAGAUCAAAUAUACCACGCACGAACUCUCUUUACACCAAGCACGAACUCUCCCAUACUCUGCACUCGCAGACCCUUCGUCGUCCACCGAAUUCCAUGGCAUUGUUGGACUGCUCACGGUUGCUCCGCUCUCUUACCUAGUUACCAUUUUAAGUCGCGAACAAGUAGCGCAAGUACGAGGUUCCCCCAUCUAUGUUAUUACAGAUGUCGCUUUGAUACCUCUAUCUUCGCAAUUUGAGGCAAAAAGGGCCAUCAACCAGGCAAAGGAAAGCCUGAAGAAGUCCGGCCAACAUGGAGCCCUAUCCCCAGAUAGCGACAUUUCGGAUGACAAUGAAGCUCACGUCGAGGCUGGCCAACCUGAACACGAUGACCAAGUAUCGCCAGCAUGCGCAGGUUCGUCAAUCAAAGAGGACCCUUCGGCAAUACGACCAUUCGGUCCGGCACGGAACGCCAGCAGCGUUGCCGAAGACGUAAUUGGGAAAAAAGGUCAAUAUGGCCGUUUCGCAGAGAGAUGGUUUUCAAGGAAAGGCUGGACCACUGAGAAGCGAAGGGCACAAGGGAUGUCUGUUGACGGCGUUGAGAAGCCGGUAAUAUCGAGCAGUCAGGGGACAGGUUUGCACCUCCCGCAAUACAAAAACCCGUCGUCAGCGACAACGCUUGACGGUGCGAAGAGCUCUGACCGGACAUCCGAUCUCGAAGUACCGAAUCAGGCAGGCGAGAGUGAUAUGUUGGGUAGCCUACCCACAAAUGUGACCAAUACCCUGCUCCCCAAGCUUCUACGAACGACGCGAAUGCUAUUAGGAUCUCGAAGCUUCUUCUUUUCUUAUGAGCUAGAUAUCACCCGGAGACUGGGAACGAAUGAUAGUAAAGGCUCCGAGAUACCAUUACACAAGUCUGUUGAUCCAGUGUACUUUUGGAACCAACAUCUAGCACUACCGUUCAUCGAUGGCGGACAUCAUAUGUUUGUAUUGCCUUUGAUGCAAGGCUUCGUUGGUCAGCGGGCUUUUACCGUUAACAGGCAGCCCGACAAGCUUUCAGAAGCUAUAGUCCGCACAGAAGAAGACACCAAUAGUUUCAUUGAAGCCCAAAGGAAAGAAGAGUCUGUUCGACAAGAUUUAAACUUCUUGAUAACGCUCAUCUCACGUCGCAGUACAAAACGUCCUGGCCUUCGAUAUCUCCGUAGAGGUGUUGAUGAUGACGGCGACACAGCGAACAGUGUGGAAACGGAGCAAAUACUAUCCAAGGUAUCGUGGGAGCCCUCCGAAAAGGUUUACUCGUUCACACAGAUUCGUGGCUCCAUCCCUUUGUUCUUUUCACAGUCCCCCUAUUCUUUCAAGCCUGUACCAGUCUUGCAGCAUUCAUCGGAGACAAACCACAAAGCAUUCAGGCGGCACUUCUCCAGCAUUAUUGGUAGAUAUGAAGAUGCACAGAUCGUGCUUCUGGUGGACAAGCAUGGCGGUGAAGCAGAAAUCGGUCGUAAAUACGAGGAAUAUACCCGAGAGAUCAAUGCAGAGAACGGCGUUGCUGGGCGGCAACUAGGCUUCGAAUGGUUCGAUUUCCACCGCAUGUGCCGCGGCAUGAAAUUUGAAAAUGUCAGUCUUCUCAUGGACUCCCUUGGCGAGAGACUCGAUGCAUUUGGGGAGACUGUCGAUGUUGGAGGCAUUGUCCGUCAAAGACAAUCUGGUAUACUUCGUACGAACUGCAUGGACUGCCUUGAUAGGACGAACGUCGUUCAGAGCGCCUGCGGUCAAAGAGCUUUGGAAAAGCAGCUGCAGGAAGAGGGUGUUCUAGUCGACCUUCGCACAGAUGCGACCACGCAGUGGUUCAAUACCUUAUGGGCUGACAACGGUGAUUCGAUUUCCCGCCAAUAUGCGAGCUCAGCAGCCCUCAAGGGAGAUUAUACUCGUACCAGACAGCGUAACUACCGUGGCGCGAUCAAUGAUCUUGGACUCACACUUUCAAGAUAUUUCAACAACAUUAUAUCAGAUUACUUUUCGCAGGCUGCAAUAGACUACUUACUUGGUAACGUGAAUGCACAGGUCUUUGAGGAAUUCGAGACAGACAUGAUGAGUAGGGACCCUGGAUUUUCGAUGCAGAAAGUGAGGGCAAAUGCGAUUGAAACAAGUUCCAAGAUUGUUAUAGCAGACCAAAGCGAAGACAUUGUUGGGGGCUGGACCUUGUUGAGCCCACGCGAGCAAAACACAGUGAAGACGUUCCCUUUUCAAGAAACCGUACUCCUCGUCACAGACAUAGCUUUAUACCGGGUCAGCUUUGACUUUAACAUCGAGAAGGUAUCCUCUUUCGAAAGGAUCGAUCUUCGAAGCAUUACGGGAAUAAUUCGCGGAACAUACAUAACAUCGACAUUAACGGCGGCACAGGUCGACGAAUCUAGGAACGUUGGCCUGGUGAUAAAGUACAGACCGGGCAAGGAGGACAUUGCGCGAGUAAAUACCAGGUCAUUAAGCAGCGCUGUAGAGUUGGACGGUGCCAGAGACGCCGAUGUUGAGGGUGUUUCCGGUCAAGGCAUUGAUAAAGAGGAGGUAUCUAGCAUGAAGAUCUUGGCAUUCAAGGCUCUCCCUGCGCGCUCAAGUUUGGCUAGUGUCGAGGGCCAGGAGAAAAGCAGGAUGAGUGAGAAAGAAAUCGUGAAUAUUGUAUGUGAUGAGGUGCAGAGGGCGGCACUUGGCAGUAAGGUGUCGGGCUUCGUCGAGGACAAAGACAUCGUAUCUUUGCAGGAAGCAAGGAAGAAUACCGGAUUGUUGGAACAGUGGGGCCAUUCUCUGAAGAAGAUGGUUUGGGCUUAG